CUGUCGGUGUGUCUUCAAUUUUUUCAGCAGUAAACAAAUCACUUGACCCAGAGCAACCAAACCACGUGCUGUCUUCAUGCUCGAGUAGUUUAGCAACACAAGUUGUUUCCUCGUCGUCCAUGGGUUUCGUCGGAAGAUACAGUGCAAAAUUCAGCCCAUCUGCUCAGCUAUUUUGGUAGUUUAUUUCAGUAUAUAUUUUAAUAUGUAUCUAAAACCUUUCUAAAAAAUAUUGAUCAUCAGUAUGGAAGUAACUGAGUCAAGCAACAGUGAUACUGUACAAAAUGUAGAGGAUAGUUCAUCAUUGGAAGAGGAUCAAGCUACUGACAUGAAUGUUGAUGAACCAGAUGAGAUGGCAGAUAAUACAGGUGUCACUGAAGAUACAGGUGGUGUUCUUGAUAAUACAGGUGAUCUUGACGAGAAAGAUGGGGUAACAGACAGCACAGACGUUGCGGAAGGAACCAGCAAAGGGUCAUGUGAUCAAAAUGUUUAUGAUUAUACUCAAGGACAACAUUUCACUUCAGAAAUUUAUAAGAUUGAGAUUCAAAAUCUUCCAAGACAUUUUGGCUUUAAACAACUAAAAAAGAUGAUCAUCAACUUGAACCUUAAACCAAAGAAGGUGAAAGCUGUUAAUCGAGGGACAUACGCGUUUGUCACAUUCAUGUGUGAAGAGGAUCGUCAAGAAGCUUUGAGGGUUUUGAAUGGUCACAAAUGGAAGAACCAGAUAUUGAAAGCAAAGCCUGCUAAGCCUAAAGCAGAUCCAAUGGCGGCAAAGAGGAAACAAGAGAGAAGUGAUAAUGAACAAGGAGCAGCUAAGAGAAGCAAGCAAGAGGGUGCACUUACACCUCAAGAAAGAUUAUGUAAUGCAGUGAUUCCUUAUUGGAACAAACCUUAUGAGGAGCAGUUAAAGUUGAAAGAGGAGAGUAUGAAACAAUUCAUAAUCACCCUCGGAAAAACCUAUGAAAGGCAAAUACCAGAGGUCAAGCCGUGGCUUAAAACACAAAGAUUGAAACAUAAUAAUUUAUGUUGUGAACUUCAGUCCAUCAUACCAGCUGCGGCAAUUAACGAAUAUCGCAAUAAAUGUGAGUUUAGCGUUGGAAGAAGUACUGAACAACAGGACAACACAGUAGGCUUUAGACUUGGCAGAUAUAAAGGUGGAACUGUAGAUGUUUUGGAGCCAACGUGUUGCUCUAACGUUCCAAGCAGUAUGAAGAAGGUAGCUGCCGCUUUCCAGGAGCAUAUUAGGACAACUGGUCUAGUUAGCUACCAACCGCAGACUCACCGGGGCUAUUGGCAAUUGCUGGUAGUCAGGACAACGCUUGAGAACCAGAUCAUGGUCAUCGCUCAUGUACAUCAACAGAAACUAUCAGAGGAUGCGAUUUCAAAGCAGAAGAGAGACUUAAGGGAUUUCUUUGUGGAAGGAGACGGGAAGUCAUGCUGUGUGACAUCACUGUAUAUUCAGCUACACAAAGAGAGAGAAAUUUUGCCCUUGGAGCAUUUAUGGGGAGAGAAGUGUAUUUACGAGCACAUGAUGGGAUUACAGUUUCGCAUUUCACCGGAAGCAUUCUUUCAAGUAAACACCAAAGCAGCUGAAGUUCUUUAUAAGACAAUUGCAGAUUGGUGUGGUGCAACUAAGCAAACAACAGUUUUGGAUGUGUGCUGCGGUACAGGAACCAUUGGAAUAUCCAUAGCUAAGAAUGUUCAUAGAGUAAUUGGUGUUGAGAUGAAUGAACAAGCUACCCAUGAUGCAAGAGAGAAUGCCAAGCUGAACGGUAUUGACAACAUUGAAUUCCAUUGUGGUAAAGCUGAAGAUGUGAUGCCAAAACUUACAAAUGGUUUAGAUCAUUGUAGGGAUAUCAUUGCUAUAGUUGAUCCUCCAAGGCCAGGUUUACAUAAGAAAGUAAUUGAGGCAAUCAGAAGAUGUGCCUAUUUGGAAAAGCUUAUUUACGUGUCCUGCAAUGCAAACAUCGCUAUCGGAAACUUUGUCGACUUGUGCAGGCGUAUAUCGAUUAAAAGUAAAGGAGUUCCAUUCCGACCCGUGAAAGCAGUUCCUGUUGACCUCUUCCCUCACACUCCGCAUUGUGAACUAAUGAUCUUGUUUGAGCGUGACCUCGGCAAAUCUCCUGUUAAAAACAAUGACCGUCCAGAAACAUCACAGGAUAGUGGGGGUCAUGCGACAUCAGGUGAAGGGGAAUCAGAAGUACUCCAUGAUGGUGUGGAACAAGAGGCAACCUCAGUGGAUGAGGAAGCAUCAUCAUCUUAACUACACAUACAACUACUGAUACUUGAGCGGUGUCGUGGAAUCUAAUAUUUAAAUGUGGACCAUCUGUUGUGCAGUUUAUAUUAGAGAUAACAAUAAUUAUAAAAUGCUGUAUUUUCUCAGUAGCAAUUUAAAUAAGAUGUAGUUUAUACUUACGAGUUUGUUAUAAAACUAUGAUUUUUAAAAAAUGCAAUGAGCUAGAAACAUGGAGCUAUAUAUACAAAUAUAUAUAAUUCUAUAAUUAUAUAAGUAUAAGUAACUCAAAUUUCAAUUUAGUGUUUCAGGAGUUUUAAUUCCAGUUGUGUGUCUAUGUUAUGCUUUGCUUUUUAUUUUUGUUUGUUAUUUUUCUUAUGUGCAAGGGUAUACAAGUACAGGAGUGGGUGGCAUCUGUCUAAAUGAGAAAAUUUGGUUUCAAUUAUAUUUGUAGAAACUUUGAUCCUUGAUUAAAUGUUGAUCAUGCAUUUGGAACAUGACUAUAGCCAAAAUAGUUGCCAUGACAAACUAAGGAAAAAUAAUAAUAAUUGAAAGAUUAUCGGCUAAAGCAAUUCUCUAGAAGCUGCAAGAAAAGAUUUUGUUUUUAUGAAAUAAAAGCAAUAUCAAAAUGCUAA